GAGCCAUCGUCGCCGACCGGGCUGAACCCCAAGACAUCACUACUAUUACUACUACCACUACCACUACCAAUACUUGACUAUUUGACGGGGUGACAUCCCAUUGCCUGGAACAUGCAUGCUGCCACUCUCCUCUCUCUCAACGUUGGCUGAACAGAUAUUUCUCUCUUCCCUCCCCCCUCUCCCCUCCAUCUUCGGCCCAUCUCCGCGCGCUGUCGCACCAACUCAACAGAUCCUGAAUCACCAUGCAGCCGCAGUCCGAGAGGCCCAAAAGGGCGCCUCGGAAACAUAUCACCACUGCCUGCGUCCCGUGUCGAGAGAGUAAAAUCAGAUGUGACGGGGCUACUCCGCAUUGCCACAACUGCGAGAAAAAGGGGAAGGACUGCAAAUACCAAUAUAGCGAUGAUAAGCGGAAGGUGUCUCUCCGCGCCGCGACGGAGUUGUUCUCAGCCCGAAUUGAUCAACUAUGCCAAUUUAUCUACGACCACGGACUAGAACCACCCCCGAUGGAACCCGAAGAUGAGCUGGGAAUAAACAGGGUUCUGGAUACACUGCAGAUCUCGCGGGGACCGAUGAGCAGGGGGAACCUAUCACCAGCUGAUGGACGGAAUGCGCAGCCUGAACCACCUACCACACAGUCCCCCGACCAGACCUCUCCCCCUGUGCCUUCCAUGAGCCGUCAACCGGGGAUCGCCGAGGGUGUGCCCGCGGGCUUAUCGCCCUCGCACAGCUUACCCCCCAAUCCACCAUCUAUACCUCCGACUGAAGGACGCCAAGACCCGAUGUUCUCCCUGGCGAUGAACCCCGCCUUGUCGAACCACUAUCCCUCAGCGAGUUGGGACUUUACUCUUCCUACUGCAGAGAGUUUGGAAGCCCUAUACACCAAUAUAGACGGCUCACCAAACCGCUCCCAUGAUGCCACUAGCCUUAGUCCAGAUAGCCUGCAGUUUACGCAGGAUAUAUCUCAACAGCCGGGGGUGUUAUUAGGUCAAGCGUGGGAUGUCCGAGACCACGAGUCUGACAGUGGCGAAGAGGAUGAAGCGGAAAAAGAUGUGAUUGAGCAAAUUUCGCAUCGCAUAGGGACAUUAAAGAUUGCCGGAGAUGGCCAUCUUCGAUUCUACGGAGCGACUUCGAACCUCAACUUAGUGGACGUGUCUGCGACCCAACAACGUCAGCGUCCGGAUGCACGUACCGUUCGACACGAUGGGCAGGACAUAUUGAAUCACCUGCGGGUCGGACAACCCGUUGAUCUGGUACUGGAAGACCAUCUUAUCAACCUUUACUUCACCUGGCAAAACCCAAGCACUUACGUUGUCGACAAGGAGAUGUAUAUGGAGGCUAGAUCGAAGUGGAGGAAUGACCUCAUUGACACUCCGUUCUAUUCGGAGGUCCUCACAAAUGCCAUAUGUGCCAUCGGGAGUGCUUUUGAAGCCCGGUAUCAUCCGACUUUCAUCACCUUUCCAAAAUCCCUAUCAGAAUUCUUUGCAGACAGGGCCAAGGCCCUACUGGAGAUUGAGUUAGACUCUCCCUGUGUCGCCACUGUUCAAGCUCUCGUGAUUCUGAGCUCCCACGAAGGAUCCUCGAAUCGCGAUGCCAGAGGCUGGCUGUAUAGCGGAAUGUCAAUGCGGCUGGCAUUCGACCUUGGACUCCAUCUAGAUACGACCCCUUACGUUGAAAAGGGCGAUAUCAGUGCCCACGAGGCUGACGUACGUAGAAUUACAUUCUGGGGCAGUUACACAGCUGAUCACUUCUGGGGAUUCUACUUGGGAAGACCUUUCCGAAUGAACGCAGGAGACAUUACAAUCCCGAAGCCGGCAUCUGACUUGGGCGCGGAGAAAGAAGGCAUGUGGUAUCCGUACGGGCUACUAAUUAACCCGGGCGUAUUGGAGAAUGGAUUAAAAAAUCCAAAUAAGUUGAUCAGUCGGCAGUUUGCCGUCCUCUGGGAAAUCAUCUCACCUGCGGGCCAUAUUUUAUAUGGCUGCUCCGAUAUUCCACGCCAUGACCUGCAGCGGCUUUGUCAUAGAGUAACAGACGACCUGUUCGCCUGGAAAGCCAAUCUACCAUCCAACCUGGAUAUAGAUCUUGCAAACGAUACUGUCCCAACGCUACCCCAUCUUCUGGUGCUUCACAUGCAAUACCACCAAAUCGUCAUAUUCACCCACAGACCCUGGGUCUCAAAGAGCUACAUUCAGCCCCGUAGUCCCCGACAGGGACCCGGCUACCACCACGCACGAAGGAUGUGCGUUGAGUCAUCCAUUGCUAUCACCAAACUCCUCCAUAUCUAUGAAAAACACUACACAUUCCGCCGCAUGAACAGCCAGGUUGUAGCGAUCAUCUUCAGCGCCGCUUUAAUGCUCCUCUACGUUACCAUAUCCAACUCCCGGCCCGGUGGAGACAAUAGCAGCAGCAACGCAGAGAUGGUUGCCUACCUGAACCUGUGUUUCCGUGCCCUGGAUGAGAUCGGCCAAUCAUUCGAAAACGCCAAACGGACCCGCGAUUUCCUCGUCAGCCUGCAACGUCGUUGGCAAGUGCACAUGCGGCGCUCAGGAUCCGCUCUGAAGCGUCAAUCGAGCCAUCGACCGACUUCGCAACAACGCCCUCAGGACCCAGAGGCAUCGAGAAAGAAAUCCCGCUUCACCGCACCGAAGAACAAAGCAGCGGUCUCCAUAUCGUUACCCCCCGCGAUCCCUCUCGCAGCCGCGGGCCUUUCGUUCAACUCAUCCCAGUCCAUGCGUGGGCCCGGUCAGCAACCGUCUCUAGACCCUACUGCGCAAUUAGGCGCCUGCCAACCAGGAGAUCUAGAUUGGAUCCGGGAUUCAGAUCUGCAACUACUCUCCGAAGAUCCGGGAGAUGGUGGGUUUCCUCAACUCGGGAAGAUAAGUUCGUAUGGCGAUGACUCGGCACUGCCCAAUCUGACUGAUAUCGAGCCGUGGUGGGAUUCACCGAAUGGGAAUACGUUCGGGGGAUCGUCGUUAUGAUAGAUGAUAGACUCUACG